GCGUACCCCAGCAACCUGAGUAUGACCCGCCCCCGCGAACCAGAAACAGCAGAUAGUCUGACGGAUAGCGCAGGAGAAAGCCAGGCUGGAGCUGCCCUGGGAAGUCAGGAGUCUGCCGGAGUCAACGCAGAACAACGCCAUUUCACCACUAGCUAAGGGAACAGCUAACUGAAGCUACAGAAUGGCGGUGGAUAUCUACGACUCUCAGUACCUGCUCAUCCUGGCCCCUUCCCUGGUCAUUGCCCUCAUGUUCCUCUUCUUCUGGCUCUUCAUGAAGGAAACCUCCUAUGAUGAGGUGCUGGCCAGGCAGAAACGUGACCUCAAGCUACCACCAUCCAAGCCAGACACGCGUAAGAAGAAUGAAAAGAAGAAGAGCAAGAAGAAGGAGAGUGCCAGCGGUGGAGGUGGUGGAGGUGGCGGAGGUGGAGGAGAGUCGGAAGAGGAUUUGCGGGACUUUGAUAUGGCUGAUGGUGCCAACAGUUCCACUCUGGAAGUAGAGGAGGAACCUGCACCUGUGGCUACACCAGAUCCUGCUCCACCAAUACCGACUUCUUAUGCGCCUGUUCCAUUGUCAACCGAGGCUCCUGCUGGUCUGAGGGAGAGAAAGAAGAAGGAGAAAAAGGCUGCCAAGGCUGCUGCCGCAGCAGCGGCUGCUGCUGCCGCCACUGCUGCCGCUGCUGCUGCUGCUGCCGCUGCUGCUGCUGCUGUAGCUACAGCUCCCCCCUCCGAGGGGCCAGAAGUGAACGGCUCCAAGCCAGUCAACCGCAAGGCAGAGCCACCUCUGGCUGCAAGCAAACAGUCCAGUCCACCCUCUCCCCAACUUGAGGUUCAGGUCCAGGUCCAAGCUGCUCAGGCUCCUGUUCAGGCUCAGACACCUCCCCAGGUCUCUGGGAAGAAGAAGGAGAAGAAGAAACAAAAAGCAGAGCCUGUGGAUGACCAGCAGCCAGAGGUUAAACAGGAGCAGGCUCCAGCACCAGUGAAGAAGGACGCUCCCCUUGUAGCUGAAAUCAAAGUUCUGGAUGGUGCAGCCCCAAGUGUUACCACUGGCAAGAAGAAGAACUCUGCUAAGAAGCAAAAGACGGAGCCUGUAGAUGAAGGCCAUGUUCUGGCUGACUCUGCAGCUUCUGCCAACCACCAGGCAGCUCACAACGACGAUGUACCGUCCAAAGGGUCUGGCAAGAAACAGAAGAAUGAGACUGACAAAGAGAACACAGAGGUGAAGCUGAAGGAGCUGCUGUCUGGUCUGUCCAGCCUGGCUCUGUCAGAAGCCGAGGCUGUCAGUGUGAUGGCCCUCCUCCGAGAGAAGAGUCCUAAUGCCUUGGAUGCCUGGCACAAAUCUGCAGCCAGGCCUGACCCAGCUGCCCAGGAACGAGAACGGCUCCUGACAACUCUUCAGGAGGAGGCCUCCAUUGCCAAGGACAAAGUGAAACAGCUCAGCCAGGAGCUUCAGGUGGAGAAGCAAAAGACAGGACGUGUGGAAGCCAUGAUGAGGGAGCAACGUGCAGCCAUGGAGAAAGAGAUGGGGAGCAUGCAGGCCAAGACACAGAGCACCUACCAGGAGCUCCAGACCAUGCAGAUAAAGUUCCAGCAGGUGAGGGAGCAGCUGGAAAGCCAGAUCACUCGACUGCAGCAGGAGAACGGCAUCCUGAGGGACGCAGUCAGCUCUGCCACCAACCAGAUGGAGAGCAAGAAUUCAGCGGAGCUGAACAAGCUACGUUCUGAGUACGCCGGUCUGAUGAAAGAGCUGGCAGACAACAACAGCAAGCUGCAGCAGGAGGAGCACCAGAGGAAGUCACUGGAGGUCAGCUACAAGCAGAACGUGUCCCAGCUGGAGGCCCAGCUGCAGGAUUCUAAGCGUCGAUGGGAAGAGCUGCAGAACUUCCUCCACAAUGUCAACGCUGAAAGAGAGAAGCUUCAGGCCUCUAACCAAGAGCUCCACAGCCAGCUGUUGGCAGCCGAGACAGAGAUGAACAGCAAGAACAAGGAGAUCCAGACCCUACACAGCAGCUUGACCGAAGCCAUGGUCUCCAAGGAGCGGGUGGAGCAGAGAGUGAUGGAGCUUAUGGAGAUGUCCAAGCACAGUAUGCCUGACGACUCGCUGCAGGCCCAGGUUCAGGAACUUAUGAAUGAAAACAAAGGUCUUCAGGUCCAGAGUGAGACACUACAAGUCCAGAAUGAGAGCCUGCAAGCCCAGAUUUCUUCACAGGUCACCCAUGUCUCCCACAUUGAGGAGCUACAGAAGCUACUGGCUGAAAAGGAGUUGCAGAGGAAGAGUUUGGAGGAUUCUCUAAAUGCUGAGAGGAGCAGUGGGGCCAGUAGAGAAACUAACAUGCAGGCCUUACAUAAUGAGAACAUGUCACUGAAGGCAGAGGUUCAGAAUCUGCAGGCACAGAUUUCUGAUCAGACUGCUUCCCAGCUGGCUUUGGACCAGUUCCAGAAGAGUGUCCGGGAGAAGGAGGAGAACAUGAAAACCGUAGAGAGCCUCCUGGAGAAGGGGCUGAUUGAAGUGGCCAACAAGGAGGAAGAGCUCAAGGCUGUAAGAGAAGAGAACGAGGCACUAAAACAAGAAGUAGAGGGCCUUCAGAAAAAGACAGUAGAACAGGCCUCAUCAGAGUCAAUAGUGGAGGAACUCCAGAGCAAGAUCCAAGAGAAAGAUGUGAAGCUAAAAUCAAUGGAGGAAAGUCUACAGGCAGCACAAGACAGCAGCUCCGCCAGAGAGAAGACCGUUGAGUCUCUGCAGCAGCAGUUGUUUGCCCUGCAGGCAGACAUGGAACAGCUGAGGCAGAAGGAGACCCCAGAAGAGCUGACCAGCUCUGGUACCCAGCUCCAAGAACUCCAGGCUCAGCUAGUGGCGAAGGACCAGGAGAUCCAGAUGCUGCAGGCUGAGCUGGAGGCACGGGCUAAGCAGAUGAGUGAGAAGAUGGAGCAGAUACACCAACAGCAGUCACACACAGCAGUGCCAAGCCCAGAGCUUCUUGCAGCCAGGUUGUCAGAGAAGGAGAAGCAGGUCUCAGAUCUGCAGGGUGAGCUGGCUGAGCUGAGGGACUCCCUGGAGCUUCAUAGGAAGAAGAACAAUGAGCUUCGGGAGAAAAACUGGAGUGCAAUGGAAGCUCUGUCAGCCACCGAGUCCAUGCUUCAAGGGAAACUCAGCAAAACUGUCAAGGAGAACCAAACAGCACUGGCAAUGUCUCAGACCGAGUGUCGAGAUGUUCUGCACAGACUACUGCCCCAUGUGCCUCUGCCCACUGAACAGAACCAUCAGGAUUGGCUCCACAGAUUUGAGAGGGCAGUAGCUGAAAACUCAGCUGCACAGUUUGCCCCUGCAGCAGGGGACUCUGAGGGACUGGCUGAGAAGCUUAAAGAAGCUGAAGAAACCCAAAGGAUCCUACAGAAAGACUGUGAGACGUACAAGAAGGUUUUGGCAGAGACGGAGGGUAUCCUGCAGCGCCUCCAGAGCAGUGUAGAGCAGGAGGAGUCUCGCUGGAGAGUGAAGCUGGAGGUAUCGCAGGGAGAGCUCAGAGAGAUGAGCCAGAAAGUCACAGCUAUGGAGCAAGAGAUUGAGAGACUAACUGAUGGAGCAGAUAUGGAAAAUCUGAGAAGAGAAAAGCAGCAUUUGGAGUCUGAGCUGGAGAGGGCGGAGCGUGAGAGUGCCACCUAUGUGACGGAGGUCAGAGAGCUCAAAGAUCUGUUGACUGAAUUGCAGACCAGACUUGAUGGCUCAUAUACAGAGGCUAUCAGACAGAAUGAGGAGCUGAAUUUGCUGAAAACCCAGCUCACUGAGACUCUGUCCAAGCUGGAGGUGGAAGAGAACGAGAGGCAACGGGUGGCUGGUGAUUUGUAUAAGGCCCAGCAGUCUCUUGAUCUAAUCCAGGGGGAGCUCUCCAAAGUGGCGGACAAUGCCGAUGACCUGAUAGAGAACAGCAGUCUUUCAUCACAGAGAGAGGAGAUUGACAGAAAAGAGAAGAUGACUGCAGGACUAAACCAAACAGUCAGAGAACUGCAGCAGCUGCUACAAGCCGUCAGCCGGCAACUCGCCAAGGGACAGGAAGGGGAGGCUGACAAAGAUCUGCCCAAGGUAUAGUGAGAGGAGGAUAGCCCCCCCCCCACAUGCAGCCACUCUGACUGCACUAUAGAGACCACCUUUGACCUUUGGUCUCAUCACUACCACCAUUACACCAUACGGUCACACCCAACCACCUCCUCCCUCCCAACCUCUGUCACCUCACCUGUACUGUAGGCAGCCUCCAACUGACUCUGGCCAAGGCGCUGGCAAACAACUCCCAGACUCACUGUUGGCAACAAGGGAGAAGGCAGAGGUUACUGUUAAUUCCAAACACUCCAGACACUGUACCAAAACACACACUACUCCACUCCCACCACAUUCCUCUUCUUCAGUAACAUCGCCGGUUAAUUUUUAUUCUAAACUUAAAGAUGAUAUCCAGCAUAAUUUAAACUGCGUGGCAACCAUUCCUGUUUAAAACACCUGUAUUUUUCAAUGAAAUCCUUUUUGAAUUCUGCAGUAGUUUUUGUUGUUAUUUGUCUCGAGGGGGCAGUGAUACAAAUUUCCAACUUAACUAAACAAACUUUGGGUUUUCAGUCCUUUUUUUUUUUUUUCUUAACUUAAAGAUAUGUAUUGUUUAAAUGUACCAGUUAGGACCUGCUGAAAUACACUAUGUUGUUGAUCUGUUUGCCUCAUGAUCAGAAAACUAUCACAACCUGUGCAUCAUUGUGCAUUCAUGAAUUCAUAGCUCCAUGUAUACCUUGGCUCAGUAUUGGGUGGGAGAAGGGAGAUCAGUAGGGGUCUCAGCAUAUCAGAUGGGUCACUGCGUGACUGUAACUAUGGAGAUGCAUGGACAAAUUAUAGUCAAGUCUGUACUGCAGCUCCAGAGAGAAGGGAGUCUGUGACCCUGGCUGUGGGAGAAGUCCAGGUCAACAGUGUAGAGGUUUUUAAAUCCUACUGCAACUACUCUAGGAAUAAGCGUCCCAUAUCAUCUGUAAUCAACACUCGCUAUAUUAUUGCUAAGUUCAUUAACACUGAAGAUUUUGUUCUUUUUGUAACAGGUGAUGUUAAUAAAAGGGAUGCUUGAUAAAUCUG